UCUUUUACUUUUUUUUGCUUCCUUUCCUUUUAUCUUUAGCGCACACACUCUCUCUCUCUAAUGUUCUUUUAUUCCAAUUCUAUGUCCAUUGUCUUUUAAGCAGCACCACCAUAUGAAUCUCAUUAGAAGUCCAUUUGGGUUCUCUUCCUAAACCCAGAUAACACCUCCGAUUAAAAAUGGCUGAAUUGGCUUCCAACUACCUCUUCUUAUUCUUCUUGUCGCUUCUCACUCUCUGUGCUUCUGGAACUCAGGUGGGUUUCUCCUAUAAUGCCAGAGGGAGCAUUGCAGCUUCAUCACUUGGCAGAACAUUAUCAUUCCUUGAGCUAAACAAGGUCUCUGUACCUCACAUUCGAGUUUUCAUUGCAGAUCAUAGGGUUUUAAGCGCACUUUCUGAUUCUGGUGUGUCUGUUGAUCUUUUCUUAAAUCAAAGUCUAGUUGAGAAUUUUACCAAUGCUAGAUCAUCUGCUAUUUUGUGGCUGAAAACCCAUGUAAUGACCUUUUUGCCUCGUGUUAACAUCAAAAGUAUCACUGUUAGAGGCGGUAAUGACUUCUCUAGGCUCUUAUCUUCCUUGAAAUUGAUCCAUUCAGUUCUCAAUAGUUCUCAUUUUAAUAGUGAAGUUAAGGUCUCAGUAGCAUUUUCAUUGUUAUUCUUGGAGAAUUUGAAUGGAACACAAAAAAAUGAUCUGCUUAGGGUUUUAGGAUUUAUCAAGAGGAUUAGGUCCUUUAUCAUUGUAGAAGACAGUACUGGUAAUGGUGUAGAAUUGAGCAUGGGAGAUCUUUUUCUCAAAUCAAUGAUCCAGAAAGCAACCCUUGCCUCUUCUAUACUUCCUUGUAAUGGUGUUGCCGUAGUCAUGACUGUGAAGAGCCUUAUAGAUCCUAGUGCAAGGGAAGUAGCUCAAUUUGCAGCCAAGUUCUCAAAAUCAUUAGAGAACUCUCAGAUUGCAGGUCAGAUAACUGAAUUAUAUGCAGAAGUAUCUUCCAUGGAAGAUUUUUCAGAAAAAGAGCUUAAGAGGGAACAUGAACAAAUCUUUCCUUCUUCUCACCGAGAACUCUUGAAAACUACUUCACAUGACACAAUCAAUCCACCAGUCACUGUUCCACAAGAUAAUCCCACACCAACAAUUGUCACAGUCCCUGCUACUAAUCCUGUCACUACACCAAGUAAUCCUGCUUACACUCCUGUACCAAUCCCCUCCACCACACCUGUUAUGGUUCCCCCUACGAAUCCUUCUGUUAAUCCACCCCCACCAAUCACCAAUCCGGUCACAACACCAGCACCCAUCACAGUUCCUGGGGUGCAGCCAGUAACUAAUCCUGUGACAACAUAUCCUGCACCACCAGUAAACGUUCCUGUCACAAGUCCAGUCACGAAUCCCGUGUCGCCUCCUGCAACAACAAAUGCCCCAGCAAUUCCAGGACAGAGCUGGUGUGUGGCCAAGCCUGGAGCAUCGGAAACUGCACUUCAAUCUGCUCUGGAUUAUGCAUGUGGAAUGGGAGGUGCUGAUUGUUCACAGAUCCAGCAAGAAGGGAGCUGCUAUAAUCCAAACACUCUCCAAAACCAUGCCUCGUAUGCGUUCAACAGCUAUUAUCAGAAGAAUCCGGUGGCAACCAGCUGUGAUUUUGGAGGGACAGCUGCUAUAGUCAAUACUAAUCCAAGCGCUGGCUCCUGCGUUUUUCCAUUAUCGUCAUCAUCUCCAUCAACACCAUCAACAACAACACCAACUCCAUCAACUUCAACAACAAAUCCGACAAAUCCGGCAACGACACCAUCAUCUUCAGGGGCCGGAACAUCAGGAACUGUUACUCCACCAUCAGUGUUAAACUCAAGCAGCCCUGGCUCAGGUACCACAACAGGUUUUGGGUCAGAAAUACCUCCUGGUUUCAACACCUCCACAUCCAAGUCAACCACUUUGCAACCAUCUAUUGGAUGCAUCAUUCUGAUAACAUUCUUCAUUGCCAGAAUAGUCAUUCUGGACGUGUAGAAUGAAGCAUUUCUCAGUGUACAUUCAUUGGUUGGAAGUUCAUGCUUCCACAGCAGAUCAGAGUUGCGGACACCACCGUGUUUAAAGGAAAAGAAACAGAAGAUGAGAUCCACAAGGCUGAAUUAUAACACCUAGAUCCUGCUACCCGGCUGCUUCAGAUUGCACCAGUUGUAAAGAUGUUUGUUGCUCAAAGGUACAAGUUUUAAUUUUCCACGUGAAACAUAAUUUUACAUGUUUAAUGUUAGGCUGCUGUUAUUAGUAAAAGUAAUUAGGAUGGAAAAUAGUAGUAGUACAAGGGCAAUUUUGUUCCUGUAUGUCUGUGAAAAGGGGGAGAGUUUUUAGUUUAGCAUAUGUGUUGCUUUUGCUUAAUCCAGUUAAAUGAAUUUGCAUUAGAAACUUAUGUGA